AUCCCCGUCACUCCCGUGAAGCCGGAGCGCAGCAGCAAAGCGCCCGGCCUGCCGCCUUCCUUCUUUGCAGCUCCUUCUUCCUGGACACCUGCCAUUCAGCAUCUCAAGAUCGGUCAAGUGCCAACUUGUUGUCGCUAGGUAAGAAGCCAAUCGUUGACCAGCGCAGUCUGAAGUAACCCCCUGAUGUCAGCUCUUUGGUUCCGCUGAGGGGUUUGCAAGGGAGGUCUUAGACUCCCUCGUCCGGCCAAUGGAAGAAACCACUCCAAUGUCGCGGUCAGCUGGGGUCCGCAGAGGGCCAGAUGGGAGACCUGCCCGGGUAGAAAGCGAAAGUCAGUCCUGGGCUGACAUUGAGGCAUCCGAGCCUGACACCUGGCAGAUCUCAAGUGGCGGCGUGGGGCGCGAAUCAGGCGGGCAAAGAGUAAGGCAGGGCAGAAACCCUUCUGAUCAUGGAAGGAGCGUGAGGGCGGCUCCUGUGAAGAGCCUGCAGGAAUUGCGUGGCGCUCUGGUGGCAGAGACAGAGGCGCUGCAGACGGGCAGGGCGCAAGAUGGGCCAUCAGUGCAAAACUUGGACAGCAGUCUCCUGGUCUUGUCGGGCGAGUUGGACAGCCUGGUCAGCUUUGGCGACGUGCGCGCAUACCUGGGCCCAGAGGCGGGCCAGUGCAGCAUCCGCAGAAACGGCCAAGAAUUUUCGCUCCAGUUCUCUACACCAGAGUCAGCCCGUCGCUGCCUUGACAGUAUUGCAGCAGAGGACCCUGCAAGAUUGUCCCGACCAGGUGCUUCUAUCGUGGGGAAGCCUCUCAUCAAAGGGGCAAGACAGCGCAGAGUGUUCGUCCACAUGCGAUCGGGCACAGUAGCUUCAGAGCUUCCAACGCCCUUUUCCCUCCAACACUCUGUCCCCGUCAAAGUAGGGUCACGAGAGGCAGAUACCAAGUCGAUUCCAAAGACCAGCUUAGAAAAGAAUAAGCCUGCGCCUAUCUUAGAGAAGGGUUUACUGGGUCCUGCACCCAUAGACACAAAGCCGAGCGCACCCUCAAAGCAACAAAUGCACGCAGAACCGCACGUCGAGCCCUCCUUAGAAACGCUGCCCUCCGACCCGUUCAGUCAGGAGACUUUAUCACAAGCAAGGGUCGGAGGCACAAGAACAGAAAGCUCAAAGGUAGAAAGCAUAGGUGGGAUUGCGACAGAUCGCCAGGGGGGCGGUCAAGGUGACGAGCUGCACGAGCUGUUGGUGCAAGAGACGCUGCGGCUGCUGAGCGAGAAGGCGCGGCUGCAAAAAGAGGCGCAAGAGAAGGGCCGCAUGGUGGACCGCCUGGAGCGCCACGUGGAGCUGCUGCAACGGGAGCUGGAUGCAAUGCACUCGCGGCUGCUGAUGUCCGAAUCCGUGGUCCCCGUUGUUGCGGAUUGUCCCGAAACAGCGGACGCUCCUUCGAUGUCUGCAAAGAGCAAGUCCUCCGAGGAAGCGAGCAAGAAGCGGAAGAAGAGCGGCCCAGCAACCUCGCCUUCAGGGCCUAUUCCCACCCUCGAAACUGUGACUACCAUUGAUCCCACGGGUUGGGGUGUAAAUAAGCUCACUGAGGUAGAGCAGAUGGACGUGGGGCCGACCAGUUGGGGGAGCGAGUCUGCCAGCCCAGCGACCCCCCUGGAUUGGAACGAUGGGAUCACAAGCAAGGCGGGGGGUUUUCACAUCAGCCCGAGCGAAGAAAGCGGCCCCAGUGGGCGGUCCAGUAGGAAUAGGCACCGGAGGGGGGAGAAGCAGCUGUGGGGUGUGGCAAAAGGCAGAGGCCAGGGGAGCAAACGAGUGGAGGCACCCCCCCAGGAGCGUGGGUGGGAGGAGGGGGCGUCGGGGUCGAGCGAGGCGACCGACCCGAGACUGAGCCACAGUUCCAGCGUUAAGGGAUUCGGGGAGGAAAACAUGACCACUUUUCAAAAAGGGGGGCUCAUCAAGCCCCCCAAACGAGGCCCCCCGCAGGCCGGCCUUCAGUGGGACGUUCGAAGCAGCACCAGCAGCGUUGGUGACGGGGGGCUGUCGACCCCCCCUCUGCAGGAUGGCGAAUGGGAGUGGCCAACUACUCCCGGGAAACAAGCGUCCCCCGGGCCAGGAAGACGGGUGUCCCCGAGGACGAUCGUACCUGGAAAAGGCGCCCGGUUGGACUCGAACCGGGGCAGAGAAGCCCCGGAACCUGGUACCGGACUGCUGCCGGUACCAACCGGGUGGGGCGAGAACAGCGUCGCAGUUGACGAAGUGACGAGGCAUUUUGAGGCCGGGGAGAAUGCUGGGGUCGGGGGGAAAUCUCCCAAGGACGGGAGGAGAGGUCGGGAGACAGGCGGUCGUGCCCGGAAGAAGGCAGCCGGGCAGCAGAGGGAGGGUGACUAUGCGGGGGCGCCCCGAGAAAGAGAGGCACCGGACGGCAAGUGGCCCAGAGGUCUGGUCACCUGAUGAGGUGUCGCCGCAAUUGGAGGCUUCUUGGGGACGGCGGAUGGGAAUUCUAGCGGUAGCUUGCUUUGAGCUGUCGUUGGUGGGAGGGGUGGUACUAGUGGAGCAGCAAUCGACAUUUGUUCGCUUUUCUUGUAUUCUCUUAUGUUCCUGUAGACGAAAGGUGACCAUUUUUUGCCAUAAUGUCAAGCUUGUAGAGGAUUUGGGAACGUGAAGAUCCAUACGGCCAGCACCGCUUGCGGUUUAGGCUUUGCGGUCCUAUUAGAGCAGGCAAAUGAGGCAACCUACGUGGCGCUUUGCUUUUGUUGAGCCCCAGCAUGCGUUAUACCUUAUAACAUUGAGCGGGGUGUUGAAUGAUACUCCCAAAAAAUGGACUCCUAAAGCAGAUUUCUGGCAACAUAGACGUGGUCAAGAGUUAGGCUUAUGUAGUGAUUCUCAUCAGUGUAAAGCAAAAGUUUUUCUCUCUCUCCAUAUUAAAAUCUGCACUUGGCAAGCAAUAAAAAG